AGGGCGUCGGAGACCGAGCUGCUGCGGCCAGAGCUGCUUAGGAGAGGGGCCGUCCAUCACAGCUGCGCUGGGUGGUUAAUGAGAAAGGCCAAGAGCUAAUUCCUGGGUCUCUCCGCUUGCUUUUAACAAAGGGGACACUCUGCCUUAUCUUGCUUGCUCACCUGACCAUUGAUCAGAGAAUCUGCCGUACACUCAGACACAGGAGAAGAGAGAUCUGUGCUCAGGAGGGGCUGUGAAGACGACAAAUUUCCAGCUACUUUUGCCACUGCAGUCUCUGCAAAGCAUCCGUGUUACCCAGUGUUCCUGAGUCUACCUCUUCUCUCCCAAGAUGCUGAGGAGAGUCCUGUGUACAGUGUUGUUCGUGGGAGCCUUGCCAUCACUGGCUGAGGUGUCCCAAGGCCACAUCUCAGUGAUCUUACUGGGAGCCACGGGUGAUUUGGCCAAGAAGUAUUUGUGGCAGGGUCUGUUCCAACUCUACAUCGACCAAGUGAGCAGCGGCCACAGCUUCACUUUCCAUGGGGCUGCUCUGACAGCGCUGGAGCCGGGGCAGAGGCUGAUGUUUGAUGUGCUGAAGAAGCUGUCCUGUCCCCCGGAUGAAUCCCCCGACAGAUGUGCUGUGCUCAAGGACCAAUUCCUGAAGCUGAGCCAAUACCACCAGCUGAAGACUGCCGAAAACUACACUGUGCUGAACACAGAGAUCAAGACGAUGCUUCGCCAGGAGGGGCUGAAGGAGGCUGGAAGGAUCUUCUACUUCUCAGUACCACCAUUUGCCUACACAGAGAUUGCCCGCCACAUCAACAGCAGCUGCAGACCACCUCCAGGAGCCUGGCUGCGUGUGGUGCUGGAGAAACCUUUUGGCCAUGACCUGGAGUCAGCCCAGCAGCUGGCUGGAGAGCUGACCAGCUUCUUCAAGGAAGAGGAGAUGUACCGGGUGGACCACUACCUUGGCAAACAGGCUGUAGCCCAUAUCCUGCCUUUUCGAGAUCAGAACCGAAAGUUUCUGGAUCCAAUUUGGAACCGUCAUCAUGUGGAAAGAGUGGAGAUUGUCUUGAAAGAGACUGUGGAUGCUAAAGGCCGCACCAGCUUCUACGAGCAGUAUGGAGUCAUCCGGGAUGUGCUGCAGAACCACCUCACAGAGGCCCUGAUGUUCCUGAUCAUGGAGCUCCCAGCCAAUGUGAACAAGACUGAAGAGGUUUUGCAGAGCAAGCUGCGGGCCUUCCAGUCCUUGCGGGGCCUGGAGAAGAAGAGCGUCGUGUUGGGUCAGUAUCAGGCAUAUGCCAGCCAAGUGCAGGAGGAACUGCAGAAGGCACGAGACUACAUCAGCACAACACCAACCUUCGCAGGUGUGCUGAUUCACAGUGACAGCCUGCGUUGGGAAGGGGUCCCUUUCCUCCUCACCUCUGGGAAAGCUCUGGAUGAACGGGUAGGUUAUGUGCGUGUUCUCUUCAAGAACCGGGCCUACUGUACCCAGAGCGAGACUCUGAGGGACGCAGAGCACAGCCAGUGUAAAACCAAGCAGAUCAUCUUCUACAUUGGGCACGGUGCCCUCAACACCCCUGCGGUCCUUGUGAGCAGGAACCUUUUCAGGCCCAUCAUGCCAGAAGGCAGCUGGAGAGCAGCAGUGGGUCAGUCAGACCUGCACGUUUUUGGACAACCAUUGUCUGAUUAUUAUGUGUACACCCCUGUGAAAGAGAGGGAUGCGUAUUCAGUCCUCAUCUCCAACAUCUACCAUGCCAGGAAGGACUUCUUUAUUACCACUGAGAACCUGCUGGCCUCCUGGGGAUUCUGGACACCACUGCUGGACAGCAUUUCUCAGCAGCCCCUGCGCCUCUACCCUGGGGGUGUGGAGAACCAGCACCUCUUAGACUUUGAGAUGGUGAGCGAUGAAGUGGCUUUCACACUGGUGGAGCCAGUGGAGCUGCUGAACCCCAACAGGUUGAUGCCAAGUGAUUACAAGACAAUCCAGACCAAAUUUCGGCAAAGUCCCCUGGUCUCAGCAUGGUCUGAGGAGCUGAUUUCCCAACUGGCUUCUGACAUUGAGAAGACAGCACACAGGACUGUGGCACAGUUUGGGCAGUUCCACCUGGCCCUCUCAGGUGGCUCCAGCCCAGUGGUCCUAUUCCAGCGGCUGGCAAGACACCACUACGCCUUCCCAUGGAAGCACACCCACAUCUGGCUGGUAGAUGAACGCUGUGUCCCUCUCACUGACACUGAGUCCAACUUCUUCAGCGUGCACAACCACCUCCUCCAGAACGUCAGGGUGCCUUACUUCAACGUCCACCCCAUGCCCGUCCACCUGAACCAGCGGCUCUGUGUGGAGGAGGACAGAGGAACGGAGCUGUAUGCCAAGGAGAUCAUGGCCCUGGUGGCCAAUGCCAGCUUUGACCUGGUGCUGCUGGGGGUGGGCACUGAUGGACACACUGCUUCGCUCUUCCCCCAGUCUGAAAAUGGCUUGGAAGGGGCUCAGACUGUGGUGCUGACUGAAAGCCCUGUCAAACCUCACCAAAGGAUGACCUUUAGCCUGCCCCUCAUCAACAAGGCCAGGCAAGUGUUUGUCCUGGUUCUGGGGAAGGGCAAGCACGACAUCACCACCCUGCUCAGCAGAGUGGGCCACCAGCCAAGGAAAUGGCCUAUCUCUGGUGUCAGCCCCAGCUCUGGCCAGCUGGUGUGGUAUGUGGAUUAUGAAGCUCUGCUUGGGUGACGUCUCCCCAGCGUCCCUCCUCCCUUCUCUGCGUGGCCCUGACAGCCUGGAUUUUCCUACACGACUUCUGUGUUUUUUCUGUUGCCAGAGGCAGCUUCAUCUCUGACAGACUCUCCUAACCUUCUGGGAAGCCCGUGGCCUGCACUGCCUCUGACAUUUGAGCCCGGAAAGGAGCUCGGCUCAGUGUCCGGAGCCAAGAUCCCAGCAUUUCUGCACUUCUGGCUCUGCUGGGGAUUCUGACUGUGACUUUGGACAAAUUACCUCACCUUGAAGUGCCUCAGUUUUCCCUGUCACGCCUUUGUGGCUCCUAGCGUGUAACUACCUCGCAGGCACUACGGGAGAUUGUUAAGUACCUGCCAUUUUUUUUUAAAUUUGUUUUUAAUUCUCAGGCUAGAAGACGGUAAUAACGUGUUAAUCCUCUGCCCUGCUCGGUCCAGCUGGGACAGAGCUGUUGUCUCUGUGAAAUGAUGGUCUGGGCACACGGGUCUGUAGCCCCGUAGCCCAUCCUGGUGUCAGCCGGCCACUGGCUGUGGCUGUGCCCUCCUGGGAGCACACCCCCCUGAUUGCUUUUGUGGCAAGUGGCCCCUAAAUGCUGACACUGAUUUGUGAGGGCACUGCAGUCCCCAGCCUCUGCUAAUUGCCCAGCAGCAGAGGCUGAGUUCAUAAGCAGCAAUUUGCUGCUUUCAUUAAGUGGAUAGCUGAUACCACAGGGGAUGGAGAAGGAAGACACAUCGCUUUUGAGGCCGUUGGAAUAAUGGGGACAGGGUGAGGAAUAUGGCAGUUCACAGACCUGUUAUUUGCCUGCAGUGCAAUAAUUAUUGAGGGAAAAGCUUGGUGUUCAGAGGAGUUCUUUUUAGCUAGCAAAGACAUGUUUUCUUUAACUGUCUUUCUCUUGUCUUGUUCUCCGAAAUGAACUUUUCCCUGU